AUGCCAGGGCGGGUCGCCCCGGGCACCGCCGAGGUCGGCCGCUGUUAUGAAGAGGUCGAGGAUUUGCACCGGGUAAACACACGAGCCCUCUCCCCGAGAAUACAAAGCAUCCGAGCCGCGAUAACUGUCGGUGAAGUGCUUCGCAUGGGGAGAAUGUCGGGCCACUCUUUGAAUGGUGGCUGGUCGUCCUGGAGUUCCUGGUCUCAGUGUAGCAGAGACUGCAGUCGGGGCAUCCGGAGCAGAAAGAGAACGUGCAGUAACCCCGAGCCUCGGUAUGGAGGUCAGACCUGCCUGGGAGCAGCGCAGGAGUAUCAGGAGUGCAACAUCAACCCGUGCCCAGUCGACGGCAGUUGGUCAUGCUGGUCUUCGUGGUCCAAGUGCUCGGUGACAUGCGGCGGGGGACACUACAUGAGGACCCGGACCUGCAGCAACCCCCCGCCGGCUUAUGGAGGGGACAUCUGCCUGGGCCUCCACACCGAGGAGGCACUAUGCAACACGCAGGCUUGCCCAGAGAGCUGGUCCAGCUGGUCGGAGUGGUCCCACUGUGACUCCAGCGGCUCGCAGCUGCGCGUGCGCCACUGCGAUGUCCUCUUCCCCACCGGAAACCAGUGCACGGGAAACAACAGCGAGACCAGGCCCUGCUCCCCCGACUCUAAUUUCAUACCAGAAGUCUCAAUUGCACGCUCCAGUCAGGAGGAAAGGCGCUGUGGAGAUUUCAACCUUUUCCACAUGAUCGCUGUGGGGCUAAGCAGCUCCAUUCUGGGCUGCCUGGUGACCCUGCUGGUGUACUCGUACUGCCAGCGCUACCAGCAGCAGUCCCACGACGCCACCGUCAUCCACCCCAUCUCUGCCGCCCCCCUCAACACCAGCAUCACCAACCACAUCAACAAACUGGACAAAUAUGACACAGUGGAAGCCAUCAAGUGUCUGUCAGAAACAUCCAUCAGCGGCAAUUGCAACAUCAUCAACCGCACUGCCCCGAGGGACUCCCGUCACACUCUCAGCCACCACAGACUGGAGCUGAGCACAUCUGCUUUCAACAAAAACAAUCUGCUUCUGGAGGAAAGAAAUAAGUACUUCAACCCCCAGCUUGCCGGGAAAACCUAUACCAAUGCAUACUUCACCGACCUCAACACCUAUGAUGACUAUUGA